AAUUGGAUGACAAUGGAGAAGAGCAGCAACAGAGUCCGCGUCACCGGAGUUUCAGGCUAUAUUGGCUCUUCCCUUGUGAAAAAGCUUUUACAGAAAGGUUAUACAGUCCAUGCAACUCUCAGGAACUUGGGAGACGCAGCCAAAGUCGAUCUUUUCAAGUCCUUGCCCAACGCAGCCAACAGAUUGGUGCUUUUUCAAGCUGAUAUUUACAAUCCCAUUGAUUUUGAGCCUGCAAUUAAAGGCUGCCAAUAGGUCUUUCAUGUCGCCACCCCGUUGCUACAUGACACACAAAGCUCCCAGGUCUGUGAACUCUUUAAAUCUAAUUUUUAAAAAAAGUUUUGAAAACGCUCACGAAACUAGUUAUUUAACGAUUUCUACUCU